UCGUCUUGAAUCAAGUACUCGAAGUUGCUGGUCUCCGUUUGCAGUGGCUCGGCUGUGGUAUCCUGUACAUAGCUGAAGGCAAUGUACCGAGAAUCUUCGUCUCGUCAAACAAGACAGACGCUUCACGUCAAUAAAAAGCAGCCCAGUGACAAGAGAGACUGUCUUUCAGGGGUCUGCUAUCGAGUGUCAGAUCCCAGCAUGAUUUUCGCCGCAGCCUGCAACCCAGCCCUUGAUCAAGUUAGGCGAUUCCAGUUAUUUCUCGUGUUGUGCAUCAACGAAGCCGAAGCUGAUCUGAGAACAACCCAAUCCCGCUUCACGGUCGUCUUCAAGCCCGUUGCCUUUGGCUUCGUCUUUUUCGUCGUAGUCACAGUGGCAAACUAGUUGCAAAUGGACCUUCUCUCAAGAUCCAUAAAGUGAACAUGCGCGACCCAAUCAACCCG